AUGGCAACUAUGACGACCUCAAACACAGUCCCGACAGCUCCAACAACAGUGCCCGCGACUGCUAGAAACAGCGUGGACUCUAACGCACUGCCGGUCUACCCUGAGUUCAGCCACCUGAGGAUAUCCAGCAAGCAACAGCUGCCCUCUGUUGGCUCUAACACUAGCAACAGAUCGCAGCAAGAUAACACUUCUUGGGUGACAAACAAAAAAGUUCCAUUCUUUACUUCCCCGCCUUCAGCACCCUCCAUGACGCAGGCCAAUCACUUGACUCCCUGGGAGAAGCUAGCUGAUAACAGAAGCCCCUCGCCCUCUCAUCCGCCUUCUAUGGCCAGCCGGCCACAGUCUACUCUGCUCCCUCUAUCCGCCGCGAGCUCCAGCUAUGAUCGCUUGCGUUGCGCAUCAGCCCAACCGUUAGAUGGAGCUGGGUCUUGGAUGCACGGAAUCUCAGCCGACCAAGAAGUCAACCGCGCGGUAUCAAACCCAAUUGAUACCAGCCGACUGUACCCGCCUCAGCAAGAGAGCUCGUGUUUAAGUCCUCAGACGGAUUCUUCUGCGUCGGGGACGACCGAGAAGCGCAAGAGCCGGAUGAGCUGGCUUCCUGGUGGGCGGUCAAGGAGUAACUCGGUAAAUCAGCCUAGGACAACGACAGGUGCUUGGCUCUUGACUCCCGAGUCGAGAGAACAGUCGGAUGGUCAGCAGCAACAGAAGUCCGUCAUUGAGUACAGCCCUGCGCCGCUACUCAAGGGAGAAAAGGUGCCCGAGCUGUGGGACGAAAUGGGCAACGUAUAUGUCUAUGUGCACCCCAAGGAAAGUGGCAAGGGGCCAUGCUUUAAAGUGCCCGACCACAUUCUUGCCUCCUCCGCCACCCUAACCGAGUUGUUGGUCACCGAGAUGAUGGCGACCCGAGGGUCUCUCUACACCCAAGACGAUCCCGACACAACUUCCCCAAAGGGCCAUCUGUAUCUCUCCUUGGGCAACACAGAUGUCGAAAGGUUGAUAGACGCGCGCAAUCUGUUCGCCUUCUUGCUGCGCAAGCCGCUCGUGGCGACACCAAAGCACCCUGAUCUGUUCACAACUGUGCUGCAAGUAGCUGGACUUCUCAGGAGGUUCAACUUCUGCAACUAUGAUGGGUCUUCGUUCGGCGACUUUGUCGACGAGGUCUUCGACGUCUUCAUCGUUGAAACUGGUAUCGCUGAUGUACGCAAUAGCCGUGAGAAAACGCUACAGGCGCUGAUCUUGGCUGAGCAAAUGAAAUCGUUCAACUUGUACAACGAGGCCUUCGCCCAUGCCGUUGGCAAGUACGAGUCGCUGCUGGAACUGAAGUCGCCAUUGUUUGAGCGCAUCUCAGCCAGCACGCGCCAACGUCUUGACCGAGCGCACAUGGACCUUGUCGGAAGGCAGCAGAAUGCCGCAUUGAAGCUUGAGGAGUUCGAGUUCCCAUCGCUGUUCGCAGGUGUGGCCAGCUCCACGUCACACGAGGAGUUCAGGCAUGUCCGCUUCAAGGAAUGGCGAAGCUCGUUCCAUAAAAUGAGGAGCUUCGUUCUGGGAUACUAUAAGACUCUGUUCGGCAGCUGGCCGCCACGGGCCCGGAGCAAGCGUAAUCCCUUUUCCCAGAGUGGCCUCAACCGUCUGGCACUCAAGAUUCUCUACUCGGAUCUCUGUGCUCUGUAUGAUUUGCUGGUUGACCGCACCAACUUGACUCCGCAACGGCGGUCGAGUGGGUCCAAGGCUAAUGACGAAGGCGAAAAGGGCAGCGGUGACAAAGAGAAGGAGAAGGAGAUGGAGAAGGAGGAGAAAGAGAAUGAGAGGGAAAGGGACAGGGAGAGAGACAUAGAAGCCAACCUGGCCGCCCUGCGUGCUAUCCUCUCCGAGUUCGACAAAUCCUCUCCCCCUGUGCUCCCACGCAUCCCCUUCGACGUCCCUAAGCUCCCCAGCAUGACGGCCCUCUACGAGAAUUACCGCGAGCUACCCACCAAGAAACAGGCCAAAUAUAGCAAGUCCCUACAGCCACACGAGCUGCAGCUGCUCCUGAUCAAGUCGCACAACAUCGACACCGACUCCCUAGAGAUGCCUUUCUUGACAGCCUUCAAAGAGUUUGAGCUGCGCGAAGCCCGGUCAGCUUCCCACUCCCAUAUCGAAGACGACCUAAUCGAUCAACGCAUCGGCACCUGGCUGUUCCUCUACGUCGUUAUCCAGUCGCUUCCUAUGCUAGUUGUCGACGCCCCGGGGCUGCGGUAUGGCGACGGCGUCGAGUACUUCUUGUGCGAGGCGCCGCAGGGGAAUCCGCCGUGGACUGAGGAUCGUGAUCAGGUGAGGAAGAUGUGGUACCAGACUGCCGAUCAAGCGUUGGUUGAGUUGUCGACAGACGUUGUCAUGUUCUCGGUCGAGGGAAUCUACAUACGCUCGCACUGCUGGCUUGCUGCUAAGGAAUGGCAAGCUCAAGCCGAGGCUAGAGCAGCUAGUGCCGGUGCAGUUUCAGUGCCCGUGACGGUGACCCAGCCCGACUGGGCCACUUCCACUGCCAUCACAACAGAGGGGGCCUUUUUCAACCCACUUCAGCCUCCUUCCCAGUCCAUUUUCCAUAACGCAGACCCGUUCCAGACACAAAUCUCGUCUUCUUCGCCCUCUCCGCCACCACAGCACCCGCAACGACACAAACCAACAGUCCGCCCCAUCAGUACAGGCCCCGAACUAGACAACGGAAACGGAAACGGUCUUCUCUCCCCACCUCUCGCAAAUACCUCUCUUGGAGGAUUGCCAAUGCCGAUGGGUCGGCCCCGCGCGGGAUCAACGCACGACCGUGCCCGCCAGGCCUUCCGCGCCAGCAUAGCCAUCGGCCUGGAACCGAUUGGCGUCCAACCCCUGCCACAGAUGGCAGCCCCGCUCACGCGCUCGCCUUCGCCGAUGAUGAUGUUGGGUCAGCACGGUCAAGGUGCUGGCGAUAGCCACAAUGGUGAGGGUGUUGGAAUAAUGACCGGGGUCGUUGGAAACCUUGCUGCCGGCCAAGCCGGAGAUGAUAGCAACAACAGCUGGGGGACACCAGACGGAGCCAAAACGCCGAUGGUGCGUGCCAGUCGAUCGGGGACAAAUCUCAACUUGUUUGGAGGGAACAGUAGCGCGUAUAUGGGCGAAGUGUUUCCUCCUGCUCCUGCUCAGCCGUGGGUACACCAACAUCAGAGAAAUUUUAGCGGGCCGGUCGCUUUCCCGAUGCCAACGCCAAGCAGUUAUCACCAGCAUGCAAAGACCUCGUCGCUUGGCGGCGGUGGAAGCACAUUUGAUGAUAUUCUGAAGGGAAUGGAUGACGGAGGAAAAAAGAAGAAGAGGUUUUUCUUUUGA